GACGGCCUUGGCCAGAUUUCGGCAAGCUCAGCUCGAGGAAGGAAAAGUUAAGGAGCGACGGCCUUUCCUCGCGUCAGAGUGCAAUGAACUGCCCAAAGCGGAGAAGUGGAGGCGACAGAUCAUUGGGGAGAUUUCCAAGAAAGUGGCACAGAUUCAAAAUGCUGGGUUAGGUGAAUUCAGAAUUCGGGACCUGAACGAUGAAAUAAACAAACUUCUGCGGGAGAAAGGACACUGGGAAUUCAGGAUAAAGGAGCUCGGGGGUCCUGAUUACGCUCGGAUUGGACCGAAAAUGUUGGAUCAUGAAGGGAAAGAAGUUCCAGGCAACAGAGGUUACAAAUACUUUGGAGCGGCAAAGGAUUUACCAGGGGUCAGAGAACUUUUUGAAAAGGAGCCUCUGCCGCCGCCUCGGAAAACUCGAGCUGAGCUGAUGAAAGCCAUCGAUGCAGAAUACUAUGGCUACAGGGAUGAAGAGGAUGGUAUUCUUGAGCCGCUGGAACAGGAACAUGAAAAGAAAGUUAUAGCAGAAGCGGUGGAAAAAUGGAAAAUGGAGAGAGAAGCACGACUUGCAAGAGGGGAGGAAGAGGAGGAGGAGGAAGUAAACAUCUACGCUGUCAAUGAUGAUGAGUCUGAUGAGGAAGGUGGCAAGGAAAAAGAAGGUGAAGAAGGCCAACAGAAAUUUAUUGCGCAUGUUCCGGUGCCCUCUCAGCAGGAGAUUGAGGAAGCUCUUGUGCGGAGAAAGAAGAUGGAGCUGCUCCAGAAGUACGCCAGUGAAACCCUCCUGGCACAGAGUGAAGAAGCAAAAACACUCCUAGGAUUGUAACAUUUUGCCAGUAUGUUCUGGGGUUUGUACAAUCUGUCUCAAACAACAGGUUCAUGUAUUCUUGUAGCAAAGGCUUGUAGCUCUG